AUGAGCGACGGUCAUGGUGGCACACUCGAAGAAGAACUGGAAACUCAGGAUCCCAAGGCGGCCGACGCGGGAUCGGACGAUGAGGAGGACGAGGAAGAUGCGGGAGGGGUGUCGGAUGGACAGCAGGAGGGUUCUGGCGGCGAGUCUAAGGACGGAGGAGGGGAGACCGCGAACGGAACAGGGAAAAAGAAGAAGAAAAAGCAGAAAAAGCGCAAGAAGAAGGGCGCGGGUGGGGGAUCCAGUGACGGCUCCUCCUCAGGCUCUGCCUCCCCGAGCGCUUCUCCGCCCACCUCCCCUUCUGCCAACUCCGCGCCCGCCGCUCCGUUCCCUCCGUCGUCGUCCGCGGAUGCCCCCCUGUGCCAGCCGGACCUGGAUGACAUGCUGCCCGUCGAGGUGGCGGAAAAGAGGUUUGCAGCAGCGCUGGAGUCGAUGCGGAGCAAGGCGGACCUGUGCAUGUGGGUGCAGCUGGCGCGGUGCCGCGUGGGCGACAAGAAGCUGCGCCGCCUCACAGACGCCCUCAUCCACUGCGAGACAGUCACCUCUGUCGACUUAUCAGAGAACCUUAUAUCGGAUGCAGGCUUGCGCCAGCUCGCCUGCGCGCUGUCUGCUCCCAGUGCUGCCCCGGAUUUGAUUUCCCUGAACGUGAAGCGCAAUCCAAUCUCGGCGUCUGGGCGGGCGUGUCUGGCGAAUCUGCAGGCUGUCAGGAAGCUUGUGAGGAUAGAGUAUGAAGAGAUCCCUCCCCCAGCAGCACAGGAGAAGAAGGGCGCGCAGGGAGGCAAGGGGCAGGGCAUGGCGGACCCACGUGGCUUUGAAAGCGGGGAGCGGAUGGGAGGGAGUUUGGCCAGCAAGGCGAGCAACCCGCAAAUCAGGAUCGACGCGGCCGUCCGGUUCAUCAGGGAAGCAUCCGAGAAGCUGCAGCAGAUGGCACCAGAGGGCAGCAGCAGUCGGAGUAUAGCAACGCGGGUGUUUGAUUCGAGCAUGAUGACGGAGGCACUAGAGGACGUGGUGGAGCUGGUCGAUGCUGACCUGCGCCGCAACCCCUCCAAGUCCUACCACAACUCUCCUAUUAGCAAGCUGCCGCUGCCGCUGCGGCUGGUGGUGGAGAGUCUACCCACGUUCGCCUCCCUGCUGGAGCUGCCCAUACCGCCGCAGCUGUGCCAGCGCAAGCUAGCAGAGCCCGCAGCGGGGCGGCACCGCAUCCUGGCGGUGCUGCUGCUGCGCAAGGUGCUGGGGGCUUGUGGGCGCGUGGUGGAUGACAGGCUGGCAAGGGAGGACGUGGGGAGGAAGGUGGCGGUGCUGCUGUUUGACUUCCCCUGGAGCAACGUGUUGCACCAUGGCGUGUGCUGCUUCCUCAUGGUACGGGGGGAUGAGGGGGCAGUGAGGAAGGCGCGGGGGAGCGGGCAGGGGGAGGGGGAGGCGGACCCCCGGCCCCAGGUGGACGUAGAGCCAGAGGCCAAGCGGGGGCGCGUGAAUGGGGAGAAGGGGGAAGCAGGGGAGGAAGGGACAGGCACGGAUGUAGAGGUGACGGGUGGAGGGGCGGAGGAGGGUGGUAGUGGGGAUGCGAGCAGUGGUGGUGCUGUCAGUGGGGCGAGUGCUGCUGGGAAUGUUGAUAGCGAGGCUGCUAGUAGUGAGGAUAACUCAGGGGGCGGGGAGAAGGUGGAGAGCAAGGGUCAAGGAGAGAAAGGCAGGAAGGGGGCAGAAGAGAAGGCCCAAGGGGAGGACAAGGGGAAGAAACAGGGGGAUGGGGAGGGGGAUUCCAAGGGGGAGGGUGAAGGGGAGAAGCAGGCAGCAGCAGCAGCGGCAGCAGAGCCAACGGUUCCUUCAGGCCCUCUGGCUCUGCCUGUGAGGCUGGCAGUGACUGCAGCCCCCUGGAUCAAUACUCCCAUUGGCCAACGACCCGGGCAUGCAGGCCCCAUCAUUCAGCUCAUGUUUGACAUCAGGGGCAGAGCAACCACCAGCGCGCCACUGCAGGCGAAGCUAGAAAAGCUGUCAGAGUGGCAGGCGUUUGCCCAGCCAGGGGGGCAGCUGGAUGAGCUGCUCUCACAGCAGCACGGCGCUCUGUGCGGGCCCAAGCCAGUGGUUCCGGGCAGUGAUGCGCCUGACAUGGGUGCCGGCAGUGGUGGGCAGAGCAUGCUGUUUGGAGAGCCCGACCUGCCUCCCUCUGUGCUUGGGAAACUGAGGGCCAUCUACCUUCAGUAA